AGAGCAAAGUUUACGGUAUCAAUGAUCUGGCAACCCUCCCAGGUUGGCGCCCCUAUUCUCCUCGCUUGCGUUUUGUUUCCCCCACUGCUGCUCAGUUAAUUUCGACUUUUCGGCGUGUUCGCUUUUCAACGGGCGCUUCAGUUCGCUUUUGGGGGCUUGUUCGCUUUUUGGAUCUCCACUGGCGCUGAGUGAAUGGUUUUAUGUUGUAUGCGCAGCGCACUUGAUGGAAAUUGUUGUCAUUGUUUUAGUUGUGUGUGCAAUCGGAUGUUCGCUAUCUCCGUCGCACAGCGGUAACGUGUGUGCGUGUGUGUUCCGUUCGCGUCGUUCAUUGAUUUCCUAAUUAAGUUUAUAAUUAAAAUUAAUUGAAAAAUUACUCGCUUAUGUACAUUCAUACAUACAUUUGUAUGUGUGCGCUGGCAUGUACAGACAUGUAAAUUGGCUAACGGCGUGUGAAAGCCCAUUAAAUUAGUUCUGUUAUUUAUAAGCUCCCCUCGUACAAACACUUUUAUAAAAAAAAUUGUUUGAUUUCGAAAAUGAAAUUGUGCCAAAAGCAUCAACACGAAAGAGGUGGUCCUGCGGAACGCCAAACGAUGUGGCAACCCUAGGCAAAUGAACUGUUUUACCUGCCCAAAAACGCACAAUAGCAACAACUACAAGAACGGUUGAAAGAGAGCGAGCGGACGGCACAACGGAUAAUUUAGUGGAAUUUUCAAAAAUAGCAAAGCCAGCAACAACGAAUGGCAGCCAUAAUCCCCCAGCGAGAGCACAAUAAUCAAAGAUUAAAUCAGGUUUAUAUGGAAAGGGUUAGCAUGGCGCAGGAAGAAAUACACGUUUCCUAGCGCAACAACAACUGCAACAACUACAAACACCUACAACUGAUUAUACUCUCACACGACGAGAAAAACGAGAGAAUGCGAGAGUGCCAGAGAGUAACUGUGUUUAUGCGGAGAAUUUCAUGAUUUCAAGAAUUUCAGCUAAAGCCCAUCGUUUAUGCGACAUGAUGGAGUUAAUGCAAUGAAAAGAACAAGAAUAUUUACAUUUAUGUUGGAAAAUUGAUUGCUUAAUUUCAUGCACUGGAGCUUGAGUUGGAGCUGCACUGGCGGUCAUUGGCUGAGCCAUACAUUUAAAACAAAAUUACAUAAAUAAACCAAAAUCAUUUUGGUUAUGCGUAACGCAGUUCAAGGAAUGCAAAAUUCAUGAACUAGAAAAGGACUUGCCAUAAACACAGUAACAUAGAGAGUGAGAGAGAGCGCGUGAGAGCAAAGGCGGCGACGCCGGCAGAGCACAAACUGCCGUCGCAGCGCUUGCAUGUUUUUCGCUCAUUUUUCUUUCGUGUGCGUUGCGGCGAUGUUGUGUUUUCUCACGGCGGUGAAAACACUCUGCAACGACUGUGACAACAACAGCAACCACGAUAAGAUUUUCCGUUUUCCCGUAUGGAAGCAGAAGCACUAGCGGCAUUUGUUUUGAAAGUAAAGCAAAGGCGAGCGAGAAAAACGAAAAUAUAAAGCAGAGGAAGACGGAAAAAGCAACGCCGCUGCCGACCGCGCCUCGCUAUAUGUGCAUGUGUGGUGUUGUGAGCGUGUGUGUCUGUGAGCCUACCGCCUGUCUGUGUGUAAGUGGGCGCGAACGUGCGGCCGAAAAGGAAGUGAAAAUAGUGCAAAAAGGCCAAGUAAUAAUAAUAAUAAUAAAAUAGGCAAAAAGACAGGCCCCAAAAGAGACCGACCAGACCAGUUUCAAAAAGCGCCUAUUUCGAGGCUCUUUGUUUCAUGUGUAUUGGUACGUGUGUGAGUGGCACCAACAACAACAACACAAGCAGCAACAAAAACAACAACUAGAAGCGACCACAUACGGUGGAAAAGGCCUUUUUUCAAGGAGCGAAAGGCAAUGCGCGAACGAGCAAUAAGAAUAAUAAAUUACACUUUGCUAUAAUAAGAAAAAUUUAUACAUAUAUACACACAAGCGGGAGAGGCCCACACACACAUGUGUUUUUCCUCGAUGUGAGUGUGUGGAAAAUUGUAAUAAAAUAUGAACCGCAGAAGCAGCAGCAAAACGAGAAAAACGAGAGAAAAUUUCGAAAUAUCGCAUGUGCCAUUUUAAGCUUUAAAUAAAUUAUAACGUACAGUAUUACACACAAAAGAAAAAACAAAUAACACAAUAAAUACAACAAUUGAACAAAAUGUCCUGCAUAUCGAGCAACUUUAGCUCCUUCUUCCUCAACUCGCUCAACGAUCCUUCAGAGUUUUCCAAGUACUUGAGCAAUGGCGAGCUCAAAUGCACUAAUUUCGAGGAAUUUCAAGUGUUUGGCUGCGGCGCAGGCGCGGCGACGCAACAGCAGCAGCAGCAGCAACAACAUCAGCAGUAUUCCCACACACAUUUACCCAAUGGCAGUUCAGCGACAGCAGCAGCGGAUUUUCCCAAUUACGAGGCAACGUCAACGCCGCAGCGGGAAAACUCCUCCUCCGUUAACUCAGGUAGUUCUGUUAAUCCCGCACACUAUGCUUCCGCCGCUGCCUCAGCCUCUGCCAGCGUCGAGGCCAGCGCAUCAGCAGCCCCGACGUCGAAUCCAGGAAUCGCAGGAGCAGCAGGAUCAACGCCCCUCACCACCACCCCCCCGAGUAAUCGCUGGCCCACUGCGGUGGCCACGCCCAAUGGCCAUCAAUCCACCGCCUCUGCUGCGGGCUCAGUGCCCCAGCACUUCGAUGGAUCCUUUGAGUUUAUCAAAUAUCUGCGACACUCCACGGAUUUUACGCCGAGCACACCGAGCAGCGCCAGCGAAACUAGCUCCUGUCCGGAAAAGCCGGUCAGUGGUAAAACGGGUGUUUCAGCAGGCGCCACACCACCACCGCCUGCCCAAUCGCCUGUGGCCGGUGGUUUGAUCGAUCUGGAUACUAGCACCUCGCAGAAAUCACGAUCUGCCUCCCGCAAAGUGGCAGCUUUGUUGUCUUCCGUUUCGCGGGCUUCCAAUAGUCUGGUGGACACCAGCUCCUCCGCACUGGAUGUCUUCGAUCACGAUUCAAAACAGACGAUCUUUGACCUACAGCACAUUGCCUCCAACGGAUCGUCCAAUUCGAAUGAAUCUUCGUUGGAAAUGCUAGCAUUUCCCAAUUCGCACCUCAAUGCCUCCAAUUCGAACACCUCAUCCGAAGGAGCGGCCUGCGGUAGUGCGGGAGAAUUCGGAGGACUGUUAACUGGCGCCAGUUGCUCCUCCUCCACGGCUUCCUCAUCCUCGCUUGCCCCGAAACUCCUUGGAAGCUUUGUGAUCAAGGAGAACUUCGAAGUGCAUCCAUCGCACAAAGUGGAAGAGGGCAUCUUCCAACACAUGAACAAGCUGCCAUCGAAAAAGAAGGAUACGCUGAAGCAGCUAGGAGUUCGGUUCACCGGCCAGAUGACGCUGACGGACAAAUCGAUUGUGGUGGAGAACUUCAUCAAGUUCUGCGAGGAAUACGACAUCAAGGACCACAGGCCAUGGCUGUCACUGAAUCAGUGCGGUUUGAAUAAGCCCGAGCAGAUCAAAUUCGCUCGAUAUCUGGGCCAGGGACUGCCGACGUUUACGCUCUUCUGCAUUUAUAGCAAUUUUAAGAAUCUGUUCUGCACCAAACGCACGGAAAUCUACACGAAGGAUGGCUACAAUCUGCCUUAUAUACUCGACAAAACCAAGCGCUUCCUGGCCAACACAACAGCUGGCGACAAUACCAACAACAACAUCACCAACAACACCAGUAACAAGACCAACAACAACACCAGCACAACAACAACAUCCACACCGGUCAAACAGACACCACAACAACAGCACCAGCAGCAAUCCGAGCAGGAUCCGCUGGCACCCAACUCACCUGCAACACCGAAACUUGCAGCAGCAGCAUCAGCAGCGGCGGUUACAGCAACACCAGCGGCAUCAUCGGUGCUGGGAGCAGUCACGCCAGCACAUACAGUACCACGCACAAGACCAGCCACGCCCACAAUGCCAGCAGGAGCAGUAGCUGGAACGCCUACGACCCCACAGCAACAGCAACAGCAGCAUCUGCAGCAGCAACAUCAACAGCAGCAGCAACAGCAUAUGUUGCAGCAUCCGCACACGCACCCGCAUCCGCAUGCCCAGCACUCGCAUCCGCACACGCUACCCCAUUCACUUCCGCACCACCUGCAGCCUGGAACCCCAACGCGCAGUUCUCAUCCUCAGCUGCCCCAUCCGCAUCACUAUCCACCAUCGCCACACUCUCAUCCGCACCACCAGCCGGGGCAUCACGGUCAUCCACAUGCCCAUCACUUUGCCUAUGCCCAUGGUCAUCCGCAUCCGCAGCAGCAUCAUCCGCACUACUAUCCGCAUCCACACGCACAUGUCCAGCAUAUGGCGGCGAUGGGAUAUCCGGGACCACCUCCAAACGCACAGCAGGCGGCUGGGGGAGGAAGUGUUGGUGCCGGAGGUGCUGGUGGAGCAACAGGAGGAGCUGGAUCCGCAGGAGGAGGCGGGCCGUUGCCGCCCACGGCCAUGUGAGAUUGGGGUCGGCGUGGCGCCAAGGACAGCGGUGGUGGCGCCACCUGUUGACACACAUAGGCUGUUGCAGAAGGACAUGGCAGAGGAUUCAGGAUUUUGGUCCAUCCCCCAUCAUCCUCCCAACCUGUCCUAGAUUAUAGUUUUCCGUUGAUGUGCAUCGUCAUAUUAGUUUUUUAGUGUGCUCCUCGUUUUUAGUUUAUGUUUCGUUUAUUUAGACUAAUUUUACACAAGCUUUUUGCCAAAUUUUAUAAAACUAUGCAAAUUUUGCAUAGACGUUUGACGACGAUAAAAUGAAAUUGUUGGACAACGAUCGAUCAUUACCCCCAAACUAUGCAAUGUUAUUCCUUGAAAAGAGAUUAUUACAUUUACACACAAACAUCACACUUUUACACAAUCACCAACACGAACACACGAGUAUAGAAAAUCAUGCUAAUGCUAUUUAAUAUGGUAAUAUAAAUAUAUAUUUUAGUAAGCCAGGAACAAAUGAUAUAUAUGUUAAUGUAAAACCAAUCCUAACUAAACACAACACGAUAUAUAUGGAAAUUGUUUGCGAACCCAGAAAAUAUAUAUACACACCUAGCAAGAAGCGAUUGAGAGAAAAUCGA